CACCGUGUGUGUGUGUCUAAAUGUGUGUGUAUAUGUGUGUGUGUGCUUGCAAGAUAUUGAUUGCAAUGCUUUUUAAAGCUGUGAAGGCGUUGUGUGAGUCCAGAGUGUCUGACAUGUCGUCCUCACCUGUGGAGGAAAGGAAUUCAAGAAUGUGGAGGGGGAGGAGUACCACGCCAACAUGUCCACCUUGGCCUCGCCAGCGUCGCAGGGCAGUCCGGACGUCUACAUCCUGCCGCUCACCGAGGUUUCCCUGCCGGUCGCCAAGCAACCAGCCCGAUCAGUCCAACUCCAGAAAUCCACAGAUCUCGGCCGCCACACUCUUCUCUACCUGAAAGAGAUCGGGAAUGGCUGGUUUGGGAAGGUUCUGCUGGGUGAGGUCAACGCUGGCCUUCAUACCACCCAAGUGGUGGUCAAGGAACUGAAAGCCAGCGCCAGCGUGCAGGACCAGAUGCAUUUCCUGGAGGAAGCGCAAGCUUUCCGGGCCCUCCAGCACCCGGCUCUGCUGCAGUGUCUGGCCCAGUGCACUGAGGUGACUCCAUACCUGCUGGUGAUGGAGUUCUGCCCACUGGGGGAUGUGAAGAGUUACCUCCGGAGCUGCAGGACUGCAGAGACCGUGACACCGGAGCCACUGAUCCUGCAGCGGAUGGCCUGUGACAUCGCCUCGGGACUGCUGCACCUGCACAAACACAACUUCACACACAGUGACUUGGCUUUGAGGAACUGCUUGUUGACCGCCGACGUCUCCGUGAAGAUUGGAGAUUACGGUCUGUCUCAGGCCAAGUACAAGGAUGAUUACUACGUGACAUUAGAUCAGAUGUUUGUGCCGCUGCGCUGGAUCGCUCCGGAGCUGGUGGACGAGGUGCACGGAAACCUGCUGGUGGCUGACCAGACCCAACAGAGCAACAUCUGGUCGCUGGGUGUUACCAUCUGGGAGUUGUUUGAGCUGGGAAACCAACCCUACAGACACUACUCUGACAGACAGGUGCUAACCUACGCUGUGAGGGAGCAGCAGCUGCGACUCCCAAAACCGCUGCUCAAAGUGCCUCUGGCUGAGCGCUGGUACGAGGUGAUGCAGUUCUGCUGGCUCCAACCGGAUCAGAGGCCCAACGCAGAGGAAGUCCACUUGCUGCUCAGCUACCUGUGUGCCAAGGGGGCCAGCGAGGCCGAAGAGGACUUUGAGAGGCGAUGGAACUCCAUGCGUCCCAAUACCGGACACAACAACCUCCGUGGUGCCUGUGUGAUGUCACGAGACCAUCCCUCAAUGACCUCCUCCUCCUCUUUCCCUCUCCUCGAGCAGUUUUCGACCGGAGAUGGCUACCACUCGGAGUCUGGGGAUGACAUACUAACAGUCACAGAGACCAGCCACGGCCUGAACUUUGAGUACAAGUGGGAGCAUGCCAGGGCAGAGCUGUCGUACAGAGCCUCGGAGUCGUCUGCUACGCUGGGUCAUCAGGCAUUUUACCCACCAGGAGGCAUUGUGGGAGGCUGCCCCAUGGAGAGCCACAGCCAUGGAGUUUCACCUCCUUACUACCAACCAAAACAUCUACAUGCUCCAGGCGUACUCCCCGUCCUCAGUGCCCAUAGCCCCUCUAUAAGCAGUGAAUACUACAUCCGCAUUGAAGAGCCAGUAGACUGUAACAUUGAUCUGGACUACACCAUGUGCUCCUACAGCCCAGACUACCAGGGCAGCAGUGGGAGCUUCCUUACUGGGAGUGCGGACUCGGGCGAAUGCAUGGCUUGCCCAUCACAGGCCAAGAAUAUGGGCCCCUAUUGGUCAGCAGACAUCCUUAAGUCAGAUGUGUAUGACUCAAAUGACUCAAGUCCUGCUAUCUCCCUGACAAUGGAGCCCCUUUUAGGGCAAGUAUCAGACAGCAGCCCCAUAAGACCCUGGGAGUCUAGUCACUAUGUGUCCUAUAAAGACCGAGAUGGGGGUUACUACUAUGAGCACUCACCAUCUUUGGGGAUAGAUCACUAUCUGAUUGGAGGUGAGCUUUCCAGUGAGCAUCAUCAUCAGGAAAGCUGGGGGUCAAGAAGCCUUCGCCAGGCUUUGGGUGAGUUGGACAACCCGCUGGGUAUAUCCCCCUCUGUAAUCAGUCCGCCUCAGCAGGCCUACAGAGACACAUACCUAGACACAAGCCAGGCCUCUAUCAUUGGGAAGAACGUGACGGGGGGCUACUACGACAUGAUGGGCUCCCUGAGGAAGACCAUGCCCAGCCACACCAGGCACAACAGCCACUCUGUCAGUAUCGACAUGGAGACAGAGGGGGCGCUCUUUAUUGGACACAGAGAUAGUGAUACAGAGGAGGACGAAGAAGAUAUAUUUGUUGAGAGACACACCUGCAACACUUGGCCUUCGAAACAUCGCCACAGCAGCGUAGGUCACCACAGACGAGCGAGCCACAGCUGCAAACAAGACGCUUACGUAGAUUUCCACUACACAAUGCCGAGUACAGACAUUGAAGACUCCUGGCCGGACGAGCACAGCCUGGCUUUCCACACUCUGCCUAAACCCAUUGACUAUCUUGAGCCCCACCAGGCCAAAGACAACAGCGCUUGCCUUAAUCUGAGUAAACACCACACAAUGGUGCCCACAGACAACUGCAAUGCCUACAUUUACCUGUGCCAUGAGGGCGAGACUCAGGUGCCAGCGUCUGGAGAGUGCUGCCACUCGCACUUUGUCGAUCCACUUACUGGCUUGCUAGUCAGAAACAACACCUAUAGUCACAGCUACAGCCACAGCAACUACAUCAGAGAUAAGGCCAUUGAAAUCCCAAGCAAUGAAGAGAUGAUCAAUCUAUCGCCAGCUCCAGGUGGUCCCAUUGUCCCUAAACCUGCUUUGAUGAAGACUGAAGACAAUGGAGAGCAGUAUGUUGACCUCACAACAGAUGACGCACUGUUUAAAGAGAAGAGGGAGGAUGUAAUCAAGGAAAAUCUAAUCAUGCAAAAACCAACAGAGCCUAAAGUAGAAGAGGUGACCCUUACAAUGACGAAAGCCACUCCUCCUCCUCCUGAUGACAACACACAUGUGAUGGUUGCUCUCACAGAUCCACAGUCAGAGAUAAGUAACACCGGUGACAGUGGCGUAGACCGAGGUGGCUCCAGCGUGAGCCUCGCCGACAUCCUCGACUGCAGUGAUGAGGAAGAGGACGAUGACAUCACAGACGAUAUCACCGAUGUUACCUCGGGCAUCUUCGCUGACGAGUCCAGCGAGCUGAACGCUUCUCCUGCCUUCAAGUCGCUACAGAAGCAGGUAGGAACUCCUGAUUCUAUGGAUUCGAUGGAUCUCCCAUCUGCAGCCGGGUCCUGUGAAGGCUUCAGCCCUGCGUGCUCUCACCCUUCCAGCUCACCUAAAGCGAUGGACAGCGGCUACGACACAGAAAAUAAUGAAAGCCCUGAGUUUGUCCCCAAAGAGCCUCAUGAACCUCGUGAACAACCUCUAGGAAAGCCUCCCCUUGACACGAGCCUGGAGGAGGAAGAAGUUGAGGCCCAAGAGAUGCCCACAGAGGGUGAGCCAUCACUGGAUGAGGAUUCGGCUUUAGGUACCUCACAGUCAUGUGACGACAUCCUUCUACCACUGAGUGAAAAUACCCCAUACAGAGACUCUGCUUACUUUUCAGACUACGAGAAUGAAAGGCAGUCCAGGGAUGAAGGAGAGGAGCUACCAGAGAAAAUAGAAAACGAUGAAGAAAAUGUUGAAAAGGAACAGCACAUGGAAGAAAAGAAGGGCGAGAAAAGGAAGAAUGAGGAGGAGGAAGAAUUACAGGACACUGUUGCAAGCAAAGGCAUAAAACUUGAAAGUAAACCCACAUUGACUCGAGGUGCAGAGUCAUCUUUAGAGGACUGUGAGCAGGAUGAAGUACUGGGGUUACCUCUGCAGCACUCUGAUAGCGCCUCGAUAGCAGAAGGCGGACUGGAUGAAUGGCCAUCUCAGGAGGAGAACUCUUCUCUGGGAGACUGGGCAGCAGAGGUGGUGGGAGCAAUGGAGGAGGCCCUCGGUGCCCUGCAUGAAGAAUGUAACUCCAACAUAAAUGUAGAGGAGGUGGAAGCGAAGGAGGAGGCUCAAACUUUAGAAACAGCAGAAGAGCCAGCGAUCAAGACAAUUCAAAACAAGCCAUCAGGGAUCUCCGGAGAAACCCUGCACACCUUACCCAAAGACGAGGUGGCAUUGCAGCACACGGCAAACACCAGGCGGUUUUCUUCUUCUUCGCCUCCACCUCCAUCCACUCCUCCCCCUCCGCUUCCUACAACAGAGGGCCGAGGGUGUCCGGCUGACGGGGAAGAGGCGGACGGCGAGGAGGACGGCGACACAGACGACAGCGACGAGUCGGACGAGGAUCUGCGGAAGUACGGCGCGCGAGAGCAAAGCGGAGGGGAGGAGAGCGAGGACGAGUGCCACCCGGUGCCCAUCGUGGUGAGCGACAACAGCGACGCCCACAAACUGCGAAGCCUCCUCAAGAUGCCGACGCUGCUUACAGUGGAGAACCUGGCGGAGGACCUCGACUGCAAGAAGAAGACAGUGUCGUUUUUUGAUGAUGUCACCGUCUAUCUGUUCGAUCAGGAAAGUCCGACUAAAGAGUUGUCUGAACACGGCUUCUCUUUGGGAGCAGAGGGUCAGAGUUCACGGAGCAAAUCCCAGGAAAGGUUGAGCGCCUCGGACGACUCCUCAGACGGGAACAUCUCAGAGGAGAGCGCUGGGUACGAGUGGGAGGACGACUUCCCUCUGCUCCCAUUACCGACAUCCUCAGCAUCAUCGGACUCUCCUCCUCCUCCUCCUCCUCCUCGCCCCGUCAACAAAAUCCCGGAUCCUAAACCAGCCGUGCAGUAUUCCCGCUUCACCGUCUCCCCAUCCAACGUGUCCCGCUUCUCCAUCACUCACAUCUCUGACUCUGAUAUGGAUUCAGCAGGAGGAAGCAGCGAGGACGGAGACAAAGAGUAAACGAGCCGAUGAGAUCUACUGCCUCUCUGUGACGACCGCUCGGCCUACUAGCAUGACUUCUGAUUCAAUACUUUUUAAAACGUCAGGUUUUAGAAAACACAAGACAGUGCCUCUUACCGCCUGUGGACACUUUACCACGUCGUAGGACUUGACCUAAGCUGUUUUAGAUUACUGAAAAAGAGUAUCAUUAAUAUAUAAAAAUACAAAAAAACCCUUACAGAAUAUUAAUAUAUAUGUACUGUAUGAUGUAAAGAAUUUAUGAAAGCAAGCAGGGGGAAACUCAUAUGUUGAAUUCUGCAUAUUUUUUCGCGAGCAAAGAGACAAAAAAUGGAAGGACAGACGUUUUUGGAAAGCAUCACCUCUUUCACUUUUCCUUUUAAUGAUGAGGAAUAUUUAUGAGAAAACUGUCAGACCUGCAAACUCUCACUAAAGUAGAGUAAAAGACACAUUGACCGACUGGUUUUUCUUUUUUUUUCCAACAAAAGGAUCAGCACUUUGAACAAAGACUGUACAGCAACCACAGAUUUCGUACUUUUUCGGGAAAAAAAAUUGGAAAACUUGUCUUAAUGAGUAUCAACGACAAAUCCUUGAGGUAUCACAAGUAAUAUAAUGUUAAAUAUUUGGGUUUAUUGGACACUUAAGCGUGGCGGAUGGACGCAAAGGGAAUUUUAAAGGCUCCUGUCUGGGUUACAGUAUGUAUGUAUGCUGAUCGAACCUGGACAACCUGAUGAUUUUAUGAUUUUCUUUCUUUUUUUUUGUAUCAGGACCACUACUGUACUGUUUUACAUAAAUAUGAAGCUCUCUAUCUCUCUCUUUCUCUACCAAACUGAGUGCCAGCACCACCAUCACUACCAAAACUCCUCUCUCUCUGUCGGGCACAACAUCGUCGCUAUUAGUGACAGCGAAGUGCAAGGAUCUUUUUCUCUCCAAAUAUAGCAAUGCAUGGUUUCAAAUAACUAGAAAAACAUUAUCUGUAAGAAUUUACUGUUUAGAGACAAAAGCGGCCAGUUUUUCUUAGCUUUCUUUUAGAUUUUGGAGCAGAAAGACAGGCAACACAUGGUCAUAGAAAUCCUCUUUUUUACUGUCACUGGUCCAAAAGAAAGUUGGCAGCAAGAAGAGAUAUUCAGUAUUUGGAUUACUACUAAAUCUCUCAAACUAACAUUGGCCAGUAGGGAUGGACGAUAUGAUGAAAUCAGAGAUCACACACACACAGUAAAUUUAAAAAGAUUGCGAUAAGGAUUUAAAUCUUGACGUAGCACAAUUUCUUAGACAAAUAGACAAAAUGGGAAUGUCUGUUUUUGGUUAACACAGAAAGGUGCUUCAUCAUAUUACCGCAAAAUCCAUUAUUUCCAGAGAUAAGUGGUCUUAAUCUAUUGGCAAAAAUAUUCAAAUUGGCCAAGCAGAACGUGAGAUAUUGCAGAUAUCGUCAUAUUGCUCAACUCUACAGGCUAAUACUUAGAAAAAAACAUCGUUGCACAACAGUAUUACAAGUUUGUUAAAGUCAUAUGUGUCUGCACAGAGGUUAGUCGGAACAAAGAGUGCUUUUGCAAAUGUAAAAUAGCACAUUACACAUCCAGUAUUUUUCAGCUUAUGUUCCAUUUCUACCAUUUUAUCUGUCGGUGAAAGAAAUGAUAGGGGGGAAACAACUUCCCUGCUGUACAUUUUGGCUACACUGAGCUCGUCUUUUUGUACUGAUUCUGGUAUAAGAAAAAGAAAAGUGUUGCAGUUGCAUUAUAUAAAUUGGGUCGGUGGAAGUACGUUGCUUCCAGGUGGGGAGUUCCGGUCCUCUGAAAUGAGGCCAACGCGGAAGUAACUUAAAACUGCAUUCUAUCAAAAGGCCACCAGGGGGCGACCGUUUUGGUGUCAA